AUGGAGGGAUACGCUGCGGGCUACGCGCGACGAGCGCAACUGGGAGAAUCCAAGAGCAAUGAUCGGAAGAAGCUGCUCACCGACCGAAACGCCUACAUUGCCUACCUGGAAAAUCAUGUGGAGCGCUUCAACGCAGCCUAUUUGGAGGUGGAAAGCCUCCAUGACGAGGUUCGCUUGAUGAGAGGUCGACUGGACGAUCUUGAGGAGAGAUUCGACAGAUCGCACAGGAGCUCGGAAUUGGUCAAGGCUCAGACUCUUCAGCAGCUGGAGGUCGGCCAAAGUGAACGGCACGAAGCAUUUGAACAUGUGCAUCGCCUCGAAUCCCGCGGCCUGCGACUUGAACAGGCCUUGAGCGACAGCCGCACUGCGGCGGAGGCGGACAUGUCAAGACUUCGGAACGAGCUGAACUUAUCAGUGCAAGAGCUGGCGCAGCGCUUGGACGAACGGCUGCGCACCACCCGGGAGCGCAUGGAGGAGCGGCUGCAAGCUUCUCAGGAGCUCUCCAAAGACGAGGCCACGCUGGUUAUCCGGGAGGCGCAGGCCACCUGCGUGCGCCUGGCCGACGAUGCCCUGGGCGCCGCGGAGACCUCGCAGAAGAAAGUGGAAGACGUCGCGCGGCAGGCCUCCUCCGCCGAGAGACGGGUGGAGAACUUGAAGCAGGAAACUGAGGCCAGCCUCGACGCAAUGCGCGCGCAGAUGGUGGCCCUGCAGGCUGAGCUCGCUGGGCGUGCAGCAGGCUCUGACGGCCCAACUGCGGAAUUCCAAAGGCUGCCAGACAGUGACUCCUUGGAUCAGACAUCACGCCUAGGGCAUCAGGUGCUUCAACUGAGUGAAGUUGUGCAGAGGGUGGUGCAGUCGCAGGCAGCUUUGAGUCAGCAGCUCCAAGGAAAGUCUGAAAAAAAAGUGCGAAGCUCCAGAUCGCUUGAGAGCAAGAGCACGGCACGGGCACGAUCAGCAGAACCUUUAAGACCAGCUGCAGUGACCAAAAGCAAUGAUCUUCGCCGAAGAAUGGCGCUAGAUGAGCUGUAUCGGGAGCUUCAGCAAUUGGAAAGUCAAGCGGGACCAUCCCCGACCCGGUCACGGCGUGUGUGA